AAAAAAAAAAAAAAAAAAAAAAAAAAAAAAAAAAAAAGGAAAAAAGAAAAUCUACCAUGGAGUACUGUGUACUCUCUAUUAUUUAUUUCUUUCACAUAUACAUAUCUCCUAUUACAUUAUUCUAUUCCAUUCGUCUUAUUUCAACAUUACUUUUAUUACACCCCAAAAUCAUGUAUACCUCUUUUCUAAGCUAUUUAUUAUUCAUAAACCUUUAGUUUUAGAAUUGUUAGUAAACACUUGUAUAUAAGUGAUUGCUUUUUUCUUUUCACAGCUUUUGUCUUUUCUUUUUUUUUUUUUUU